CGCCUCCAGCUCCUCCUACAAGAGGCCGAGCGACUUGUCGGCUGGGCGCUGGGCAGCGGACGCACACUUCGCCGUUUGCCGCUUUCCUUUCCCAGCCACUGCGGUCUUGCUGAUCGUCAUGCCGAGAAGGCUCUCUCGGGCCCGGCCGGGGCUGUUGGCACCGCCGGCUUGCGUCUUCCUCUCCUCCUUCUUCUUGCUGCUGGUACCGAUGCCCGGGGCGCUCAGCCUCGGCCUCUACUCGCCCGACGACCCGCUGGUGUUGCUGUCGGCGGACACGCUGGAACGCAGCGUCUUGAACUCCAGCAGCGCUUGGGUGGUCGAGUUUUAUGCUUCCUGGUGCGGUCACUGCAUCCAAUUUUCCCCUACCUGGAAAGCGCUGGCGAACGACAUAAAGGAUUGGAGACCUGCUGUGAUGCUGGGUGUGGUAGACUGUGCUGAGAUGACCAGUCAGAAAAUCUGUUCAGAAUUUGGUAUCACUGGCUACCCAACACUGAAGUUUUACAAGGCAUUCUCCAAGAAACCUGAGGAUGGCAUAAGACUUUACCAUCAUGGGGAUGACAUCCGGAGCUUGAGGGAGUCCAUAAUUACCUCGGUGGAGAGGCAUGAAGGUGUGUGGCCUCCAGCCUGCCCACCACUGCAGCCAAUCAGUGCGGCAGAACUUCAUGGCUUCUUCCACACCAAAAAUGUGACUUAUUUGGCCCUGAUAUUUGAGAAGGAUGACUCCUUUUUGGGCCGAGAGGUAACGCUGGACAUGCUGCAGUAUGAGAACAUUGCAGUGAGGCGAGUCAUCAAGAGCAAUGAAGAGCUAGUGAAGAGCUUCAAUGUCACCACCUUCCCUUCUGGCUUCCUCCUUGUCAAGAAUGGUUCUUGCAGCAGCAUCCCUGUGCAUGUUGACUCAAGACCUCUGUACACAGACUUCUUGAAGAGGCUACCUGGAGUCUUUAAAGGAGACUCCUUCAAACCCACUGUGCCACCAAGCGUAGGACCACUUACUACCCCUGUGCCCUGGAGGGUGGCAGACAGGAAAAAAUUGUACAUGGCUGAUGUGGAGUCUGCAGUGCUUUACACCCUACGGAUGGAGGCAGCCCGAUUCCUCUCCCUUGACAAAGAGCGCCUCUCUGCGCUGAAGCAAUAUGUGGCUGUAUUGGUCAAGUAUUUUCCUGGACGCCUGAUGGUCAUGAACUACCUUCGCAACGUGGACUCGUGGCUGAGGCCCAAGACAAAUGUUUCACAGAGUGAGUGGAAGGAAGCUCUGAGGAAUAAAAAUGAGCUUCCAAAUGCCUGGUUGCCAGAGAAUCCAACGUGGGUAGGAUGUCAAGGGAGCAAACCUAGGUUCCGAGGUUAUCCAUGUGGGCUGUGGACUCUAUUCCACCUCCUGACAGUGCAGGAAGCACUCCGUAGCCCUAGAUAUGCCUCACCAUCAGAGGUCCUUCCUACAAUGAGAGGAUACAUCCAGUACUUCUUUGGCUGCCGGGAGUGUGCAGACCACUUUGAAGGCAUGGCAGCAGAGUCCAUGAACAAAGUGAGGAACAAAGAUGGGGCUGUUCUCUGGCUUUGGUCAAGGCAUAACAGAGUCAAUGCUCGCUUGGCAGGCACUGCAAGUGAUGAUCCCAAAUUUCCCAAGAUCCAGUGGCCUCCCCAGGAUCUGUGUUGGUCAUGUCAGAUAACCAUCAAUGGAAGGCGCAUGUGGGAUGAGAGGGCCAUCUUGAUGUUUUUUAAGAGACAUUUUUCACGGGGCAACAUUUACUUGGACUUCUUAAAGCCAGAGAGGGGGCAUCUGGUCAGGCAGGGUCGAGAUGUUGAGGAGAGAGGCUAUGAAGCCGAGGGAAAGCUAGAGGAGUGGGGAGGAGGACAACAGAAUGGUAGAGGAGGCGAAGAAGAGGAGUUUGAGGAAGACAAGAACAGGACAGAGAAACCAGAGAGUGGAAGAACGGAAAAAAAGAAAUCCGGUUUGGAAAGAUCAGGCUCUCCGGAGGUGCAUAAGCCAAGUAUCGUCAAGAUGAGCACCAAAACAAAAGAGCUGGAGGAAAACAUUGUCGAUCUGGAUAACUUCAGUGAGCACCACUACAAGAGCAAGGCCUUGAAGACGGCAAGUGAGGCCAGCAGCAGGCACAGGCGGAGUAAGAGGGACGCAGGGCUGGUGCUGAUGGAAGAUGAGAGCGACCAGUCUCUUAAUUAUGAUGCAGUCUGGGGUCGCCUGAGGCAGAAGGGUAUCGGAGCUCAGCAGCUCAUUGGUGCCAUGGAGGAGGAGGAGGAGGUUGAUAAGGAGGGCAGGAUCACCCUGAGAAGGAGCCAGUGGCUCCACAUACUGGGAGCAGGAUUUUCCCGCUUGGAUGUCAGCUUGUGUAUUGUCUUGUACUUCCUCUCCUCCAUGUGUCUGUUGGGCAUGUACACUUUUUUCCGCAUGCGCAUGAGGUAUCGCAAGGGCCGUCUCGGUUUCCCAUCAGCCUGAGAGAGAAGCGGAGGAGGAGGAGGAGGAGCCAGUGGGUAAGAGAAGGGGGGUGCGCGCAUGUCUGCAUACUGUGGUGGUUUCCCACCAACAAUUCAUACUCUGGUUACGGAUGCACAAAUACAAAAAUACACAGGUAUCCCAUCAGUUGUGAAAGGUUAAUAUCUGUAUUGUGUGGCACUUGCCAUUACCAUGCAUUGUGUUGGGCCAGCUACACAUCUGUGUAUAAAGGGAAAUGUAGUGAAUAAGACAGACCUGUUCAUUAUGCAGCAGUCGCCACAUUGUGUCUUUAUGUGUGUUCUGCAUUUCUGUAUCUCUACUGGAGCACAAAUUGUUGAGUGAUGUGUUGACUUUAGUGUCAAAAGGGGCAGGUGGGGUCAGACCGCAUUCUGAUAGUAUAAUGCUCUGGGGAAUGAGGGGGCUUUUUACAUUUUUUUGGCCUCUCCUUGGGGGAUCUUUAGAUCUAUAGAGGUUUUACAUGGCCAAUUUAGGAGCAGCUGCAAAAUGGCUGUUUUUGAAUAUUAUCGAGAGAGACCUCUGUUGAAUUUUUAAAGGCUGCUUAUCCAGGUUAAAAUGUUGGACUUUGGGCAUGAGGCUGAAUUUUUGUGCCUACUAUUUUGAGGUAUCUCUGAGCCCUUUUAUUCCCUGAAGAAAACUCAGUCCAGGUUUUUUAAAUCUAGAUGUAGAAGCACAGUCAACAAAUAAUAAGGAGAUGCCUUGAUCUGUUUUUACUAAACUGGAUUCAAAAGCUUCUGAUCUACUGUGAAACUAUCUUGAAUAAAGCCAGUGUUUGCAGCUGUUUAAAAACAAUAAGCUAGAACUCUGUUUCUACCACCAUCUCAACUCUACGUUUGGUAUCCAGCCUGCAGCAUAGAUGCCACAAAUGGCAGAGGCAGUAGAGGUUUUGUCGUCUCCUUCUACAAGCAUUCCUAUGAGCCUGGCUAUAUAGCAUAGUUGGGCCUUGUUUGUCUCUUCCAUGUUGCACCACCUUCUGUUCCCUGGAUUAGGAGAGUCAAGGCAAAAACAACCCCAAAGUAUGUGGUCUUGAACUUGAGCAAUGGUGUAAAGAAAUGGGAGACUGCUAAGGAUGGCAAUAAGCAUAAAUGAUCUAACAAACACUCAGGGCUGGGCAACAGAAAGUGUAGAUCCUAAGCAAAAGAACCUCAUAGCAAACCUUUUCCCAUUAUGAGAAGCCCAAUGUUUUUCACUGCUGGUACCUCCCUACCAUGGUUGCCUGUCCCCUCCUCUCUCUUUCCUUCCCUCUCUGCUGCUCCAGCUUUUGCUUCCUUCGGCCAUCCUUCAGCUAGCCGGCCUGCCUACUAUUUUGAUGUUGGCCCUUCUUUCCAAAAUAGCUUGUCUUUCUCUCUCUCACACACACACACCAGAUACCCCUAUUUUCAGGCUGCUCUUGUCACCAUCACCAUCCAGCUUCUUAUAAUGCCAUUGCCAAUCAAAGUGAAGUGAUGGGGUGAGAGUAGGACAAAUUGCCAAGAGGUGGGUGGGGAACACUUGAAAGAAAAUACAUACAUACAUUAAUAAACAGCUAGUCCUGAGACGCAUAUUAACUAUAUCUGUUUGUUUAGAGUGAUCUUUGAGCAUGUGUUCAGCAAGCCUUAGAAUUUAGGUAGAAUAUUGGUUGGGCAGAGCAGGCCUGGGUGGUACCUCAAGCUCUUGGAGACUUCUUAGCCACCAGUUCUGGUCCACUUCAUCACUUUUGGCCAACUGGCCUGCCCUUUCCAAGAGCUGUUGAGGCUCCUCAAUGGAGAGAGAAACAGCUGCGUCUCAGUUUAAAGUCUGGAAAGGCCUCUACCAGAAAAGUUAUUGGUGGUUAUAGCACGAAAAGUGCGUAAGUGAAUAAAGCUGUCUUUUCACUACUGGGUAGAAAGACACAUGAUGGUAUAGUAGAGCCAUCAUCCAUAUAAUAAAUUGGUUUUCAGAUAAGGUAUAGCAAAUAUCCAAUAUCUUACUGGUGAGAAUAGUGGCUAGCUCUUUGCUGUGAAUGAAGUAUGGAAAUGGGGCGAUACAUGGCACAUGCAGAUAUUACAGAAGAUGCAUCCCUCAAAAGAAUUGAGAUUUCACCCAAGUUUUGCAUUACUCCCAGCACUGCUGUUAUCUUGGUGUCUCCCCAGUUUCCUUAGCAAGUUAAGCUGUUCAUUUUUACACAAGUGCCUUAUAUGGUUCCAUCCACCUUCUAAUAACCGCCCCAUUGACCUGUGAGUGGUGACCUGGGAAGUCCAUGAUUCAAAUCUCACCUCUGUCCACAACUUACAUGGUAGCCUUAGGCAAGCCCUAUUCUCUCAACUGCAAUUCACCACCUGCAACUUGGAGAUAAUACUACUAGCUGAGCCAGUGUGGUGUAGUGGUUAGAGUGUUGGACUAUGACCUGGGAGACGAGGGUUCGAAUCCCCACAUAGCAAUGAAGUGCACUGGGUGACCUUGGGCCAGUCACUGCCUCUGAGCCUCAGAGGGAGGCAAUGGUAAACCCCCUGUGAAUACCACUUACCAUGAAAACCCUAUUCAUAGUGUCGCCGUAAGUUAGGAUUGACUUGAAGGCAGUGUAUUUACAUUUUUUAUUUUACCAAACAGAUAAGUUACCAAAGUGCUUAAUGCAUGUGAAGUGCUUUGACCACUUGAAACCUACUUUAUACAUGUGCACUAAUAUUAUUGGGACCUACCUAUUUUUUCAGGUGCAUUUAAACACUCCGUUCAUUGUUACCUAUUGGAGUAUAGCAUUGACCUCCCUUAUUUCUCACAAGGACAAUUCCUGCCCUGGCUACAGAGAGGUGCUAGCAAUUUAAUCCAGCCAUAUUCUGUUCAGUCAUGGCAUCUUAAUGUUUUGAAAAAAAUUAGGAAAGGAGGAACAAAGCCCUGGAAAGCCACCACCAGUCAGGGUGGACAAUUCUGAGCUAGAUGGACCAAUGGUCUGACUCAGUAUAAAGCAGCUUCCUAUAGGACUAUAUGUAAAUAUACUGCCUUCAAGUCGAUUCCGACUUAUGGUGACCCUAUGAAUAGGGUUUUCAUGAAGCUGAGAGGCGGUGACUGGCCCAAGGUCACCCAGUGAGCUUCAUGGCUAUGUGGGGAUUAGACCCCUGGUCUCCCAGGUCGUAGUCCAACACCUUAACCACUACACCACACUGGCUCUCUCCUAUAGGACUAGAUGAGCUAAAAUGAUGAAAUCUUAGAGGAGGGGGUGCCUGCACCAAGGAACAAAUAUGCUUCCUUUCAAGUUCCCCUUGAGAAAGAGUGGCCUUUCCAGCAGUCAUUUACCUUUCACUCUGUGAGGUAGGUAACUUUACUACAUGUUUAAGUGCCUGGGACCUUGUUAGCAUUAGCUGACAAUAACAAUUGGACUCUCCAGCAAGCAGAAUGUAGCAUAGGCCUGGUUGCAUGUUGUACAAAGAAGGUUUUCUGCAUGCUUUGAAAAACCUCAAAGCUAGUGUCUAAUGUAAUUGGAUUAUUUCCCCAUGUUUUUAGGCUGCUCUUAAAUUCUCUCUUGUUUGACUAUGUUUAUCAAUACCCUAAAACCUAAGGUUACUUUUUUUUUAAGGGGGAGCCUGAGUUCCAAGGCUUCAGAGGGGCUUUCAGAACAUAUAAAUGUCUCUGUGUCCAGGCCCCCUCUGGUAAAAGCACUGCUACAAUCGUCUCCCCACCACCACCCUCAUUGUUCUUGCAAGUCUGUUAACAGCAGUUGCAGGGCCUUAAGGAUUAUAUCGCUUGGGGGCUGAUGGGUUUAAGUGACAGUUUUGAAAACCUGUCAGCCCUUUUCAGGUAUAACUAGUAAGAGGGGGGCUAAGACAUUGAGUGCCUUUUAGGCAGAUUUUCUAAGUAGUUAGGUUCUUCAGACAAUAGCUUGGAGGCUGGAAAUGUGUUUUGCCGCACAAACUGACAUCACAGUUCAUAUUCUAAAAUAAAAUUGGCACCAUCUUGUUUCACAGUUACAGAGCUCAUGUGGUUUUGCAUGAUAAUGUUAUUAAAACAUGUAUAAAAUACAAAGCUGUAAUACUGAAGUGUGGACUUGUUUCCAUCUCCUACUUACUACUUGAAGGUGGUUGUUUCCUUAUGAGUGAAAUUGGGGGCAUUCUCCCACCAAGUGAAUUUAAAAUCUGGUUAAGGCCACCAGAGGCUCAAUAAAUACUAUUUCAGUGGCCAAUUGGAACUGCCAGUUGGCCAUCCCUGUGUGAAGAUCUUGAUGCCUUUUUUGGCCCUUCAGAAUGAAAGAUAUAGAAAGAGGUUAAAAGGAAUGUUGGUUCCUACUUUCUUUCCCAUAUCUGCACAACUGGGUGGUAAAUCCAGUCCUUUUGGGCAAGUCCCACCCCUUUCAUUAGCAUUACGCUACAUGAGAAUCAUUUUCUGUCCCAAGUGGCUGCCUGCUGAUAAUCUCCUUUGGACAUAUUUGUGCCACUCUUCUAACAAAAAGUGUGAGGGGGGGAGGACAAAACCAAAAUCCUGUACAUUUGGACCACAGUCUGAAUUGAGGAAGGGGAGGGUAUGACCCAGUGACUUGUAGAUUACAGCAGGGCACCUGAUUCUCCCCAAUGUGUGUGGUUUGUGUUUCUCAAAAGCCUGUUUUUAUAGCACUCUACCGCAUUGUAACCUCUUCUCCCUACAUCCCCAGAGCCCUGACAUGUUUAUAGUGGAGAAGUGAAGGACCCAUUUAUUUUAAUAAAUAAAAGGAAAAUUUGAUGUCACUUCUUCAGAUCUGAAUGAGUUUGGCACACUGCCUUUCCUCUGUGUUUCUCCACUGCGGCUGCUGCACAGGAAUGAUCCAAGAGCAUCUGAUUUCUCAUGCUGUCACUGUGUCUUAACUGUAUUAGUGGAAUAAAUUUAUUUUUGCUAAUAAAAGUUUGUGUGUGUAUGACCAAA